AUGGAAUCGUCUACUGACUACGCGAUAGAUACUGAAGAAAUUCAAUCGUCUAAUGACCUCUCGACCCCUGAUGCUUCCACCGUUGCGGAUAUUACCAGUACCGAAAACGAUCCUACGUCCUCUGAGACGAGUCUCUCAUUGGAACUCGCUGAUUUAGAAGGUAGUUCAUCAGUAGCUGACUGGAGUUCGCCUGAAGUUUUCACAGAGUCAGCCUUACUGUCUUCUGCAUCCACCGACGUUGAAAUGAUGGACGUUCAGACAGUUAGUAGCAAGGAAUUUGCUGCUCUUUCAUCCGCAACGUCUUUGGCCGAAGAGCUUGUAAUUAGCAAACUUUCUUCUAUAUCCAUGGAAACAUCGACCGAAGUUAAUUUUUCUCCUUCAAUAUCUAACGAAGUGUCUCCGACAUUUGAACCGAUCCCUCAUUCCAGCUUGGUAGAUACUUCCUCCACGCUCCUUUACAAUAUCGUGGACCUUUCAACUACGAAUUCGCCUAGUCAACCUGACAUUAUCACUGCAGAAACUAAAAUAGUGGACGAGGAAAAUGAAUUCGUCUCUUCUACGACAAACAGUCUCUUGGAAGUUUCCCAGACAAACCUUCCAACCGACGAAGUCGUUUCUUCGCUUAUUUCCUUCGCUGUGGAUGAAAACGACAAUGUCGAUACUACUCGUUCCGUAGAUAUGUCAGAGCCAACAGAAAGUGUUCCAGUUUCUACAGAAGAAGGUGGCUCGUACACAGCUGUGAAAGAGCUUUAUUCAAGCACGAUCUACACAUCCCUGGAACAAACGCCAAUCUCCUUGGAAACAAAUCCUCCAGAAUUAACGACUGAAUCGCUUACUAGUGUCAUCAUAGAGCGUACGAGCAGUUCGGAAGGUUAUAACAAUGAAGUAUUUACUCCUUCAGCCGGAGCGUCUUCUAACGAGGAGUUUACCGUCGACGAAUUAACGCCAACUGACACGGGAACAUCGACCGAUGGCUCUUUUUUAAUGGCUGACGAAUUUUCUGGGACAUCUGAACUGCCUCCUAACUUUGUAGAUACUUAUCCAUUUUCCAUCUCCGCUGAAUUUUCAACGGAUCAUUUCAAUUUUCUUUCUGGAAAUUCAGUUUCGUCCGGCGAAGAUGUGCAAACUGCAGAGGAGUUUCAAACUUCUUAUUUGCCUAUUUUGCAUGAAGUAACCACUUCUGAUACUACAUUAAUGGACAAGGAAGAUGUCAUUUUCCCAUCUACGACCAGCCUCUACGUGGAAGAUUUACAGUCAAACGUUCCAACUGAGGAAACACUUUCUUCAGUUUUUCCCUUCGACAUGUCUGGCUUUUUCGAAGAAACGCUGGAUCCCUUGGAAACAAACCCUUCCGUGUUAUUGACUGACUCGCCUGCAUCAUUUCAGUCUCUUAGCACAUUGAACGAGCUGUCUGGAGAUUUCACUUCUUUUGAUCCAUCGUUGUCCACCACGAGUCCUCCCAUCUCAGAUGAGGUUAAACCGUUGGGGACAGAUUUGACAACGUCAGAUGAAGAAUUAACACAAGUUUCGACCCCAACACACAAUUUUGAAAACGAAGGUUUUGAAGACAACUCGUUCUUAACGCUGGAUGAGGAUGGAAGCGGAACCCCAGGCUUUCUAAUUUCUACUGACCAACCACAUGAAACAGUCGGUGUAACGAUCAGCCCCAUCAACUUGUUCCCUUCUUCGCUAGCACGUCUCGAGGACGCAUUUACCAGCAGUUUUGCAUCAACGCAAAUUUCUGAUACUUCACAGCCGUCAACCAUCAGCGAUAUUUCAUCAACUGAUGUGACGUUCGAUAGUACGUCUUUCCCUAUUGCUGUUUCUUCUGAAUCGAUUGCUGACGCCAUAACUUCACUACCCGCUACUCACCGGCCUACCCUUGAAGUAAGUACGUCUUCGGUGCUGCCCAUGGAUUAUGACGUGAUGGCUUAG